AUUUGAAUAUAAAAUUGUUGCUUUACUGGGCUAAUUUAUUUAUUUAUUUAUAUUUAUUUAGAAACAUUUUUUUAAUUCUGAAUAAUAACGUCUAAAUAAGCCAGAAAAUAUUUUUUCGUGGGGGGUUUUCAGUUGAGGUUGAAGCACGCUGUCCGGGCAGUUAUCUGGACUGUUUGUCCAUGGCAGUGAGACGAUGGUUAGUGGCUAGUGAAAGAGAAGUCGCUGUAAUGGCCUUAUACCUGUCUACUAAGCCGUUAAACUCGCUUUGCGUGGAAUCUGAUACCGGGGUACGAAACCAGUAUCUACCAGCCUUAAGUCCAAUCUUUUGACCACUACACCAUCAAGGCCGGGAAAAUAUAAUAACCAUUACAAGCGGUGUACUAUCCAUUCUAUUUUUAGAAUCGUUCCUCCAUGGUAAUUUAGCCCAGCUGGAACCAGACUUACAGGAACUUCGGUUAGUUUGAUUUGUCUUUCUCUCGCUCGAUCUGGUCACUGUUGAAUGUUGAAUAUGUCGCAAGAUGUGUUAACCUAGGACACCACAUCACAGACGUGGUGAACAUCUACAGAAGCAAGGUUACAGCUUUACAGUUUCGACUUCUGGAAUUUCUUUAGAAGAACUGAACGGUGAACGAGUGCUGACUUUCUCUGAGAGGAAACUCAAUGCUGUAAUGUCUACCCAGGCCGUGUGGCACCACUACAGCCCGCCCACCCAGUGCGGGGAUGGGCGCUGCGAGGACCUCUUCCUCGACUUCCUCCUCACUGUCGUCGUGCCCAGCGGAGUGGGCGUCCUCCUCGCCUUCUCACUGGCAGUUUUCAUGUGCUGCUCGGGCUCGAAAAGGAAACGUAAACAUGAAGCUGAUGAUCCACAGUUUAACAGAUACGACUCCGUGAGAAGAGCUUCCCUCACCCUCCGACAGAUGUCAAAGAAGAGAGACACGCCCUUAAUGGGUAACCGCAGUGAGUCCAUGACCCUGGAUAGGGAUCAUAUAUAUAGGCGUGGUUUCAGGCCCAGAGACGCCUGUCAAUCAGCUCCCGGAACUCUUCAGAGAGACAAACGGCGACGUGGCGAGCAGGAGUCGACGUCGUCGCACCCUCCACCACCAGACUACCGUCUUCCGCCAGACUAUCUCGGCCACGACGGUGAUGACGACGCGUUUGUAGCAGACAACAUUCCCUUACAAGAGAUGCGGACAGGCGCCAAUGACGUGGCUCGCCGAGGAGUGAGGAACUCUGCUCCUGUGGGAUACGACGACUACAUGACCCGAUGAUCAUUUGUGUAGGAUAUAACACAGUAUGUCACACUGUGACUUGUGUAGGAUAUAACACAGUAUGUCACACUGUGACUUGUGUAGGAUAUAACACAGUAUGUCACACUGUGGCUUGUUUAUGAUAUAAUGAUAUAGCACAGUAUGUCACACUGUAACUUGUGUAUGAUAUAACACAUUAUGUCACACUGUGACUGACUUGUGUAGGAUAGAACACAUUAUGUCACACUGUGACUUGUGUAUGACAUAACACAGUAUGGCACACUGUGACUUGUGUAGGAUAAAACACAGUAUGUCACACUGUGACUUGUGUAUGAUAUAACACAGUAUGGCACACUGUGACUUGUGUAGGAUAAAACACAGUAUGUCACACUGUGGCUUGUUUAUGAUGUAAUACAGUAUGCCACACUGUGAAUUAUUUAUGAUAUAACACAGUAUAUCACACUGUGACUUGUGUAGAAUAUAACAGUAUAUCACACUGUGACUUGUGUAGGAUAUAACACAGUAUAUCACACUGUGACUUGUGUAGGAUAUAACACAGUAUGUCACACUGUGUCUUGUGUAGGAUAUAACACAGUAUAUCACACUGUGUCUUGUGUAGAAUAUAACACAGUGUAUCACACUGUGACUUGUGUAGAAUAUAACACAGUAUAUCACAUUGUGACUUGUGUAGGAUAUAACACAGUAUGUCACACUGUGACAUACCAGCAUGUUACACUAUGACUUGUUUAAGGUAUAUAGAGAUUAGUAAAUGAACACGAGUAUCAUACAAACAUUUUGAGCUAGUUGAUGAAUUAUUAUUCCUCGAGCGCUAGUUUUGAAAGCAACACAUUACUAGACUUACAGACCUGACUGCCUUGUCUGUGAUCCGCACAAUAUGAGGUCAGCUGACGGGUCACCGAAGGACCGCCAUGGCAAUAUUGCACCACACGGACAUAGUUCCAUAAAUUAUGCUAGUCAAAAUAAUCCAUCUGCAUGAUACUUCACAAUAAAAUGUAAUAAUAAUUACAUUAGUAUUAGUGUGUGUGUGUGUGUGUGUGUGUGUGUGUGUGUGUG